AACACUGAAAGAGAAAAAGAGAAAUCAAUCGAUAAAGUCAUACAGAAACAGUGCUGCUGUCAGACAAAAACACAGAGACUUCAUGAGAAAUUUCUACAGAAACAGUGCUGUAAUCCAACAGAAGAAAAAACAAUACAUCAGAGACCAGUACAGAAAUAAUCCUGUUUUCCAGCAGAAGCAAAAACAAUACAUCAGAGACCAGUACAGAAGUGAUCCUGUAUUCCAGCAGAAACAGAGACAGUAUAUCACGUCACAAUAUAAAGACUCUGAGGUCUUCAGACAAAGGCAGAAAUCUUAUAUGAUACAUUAUUUCCAGGACCAAACAUUCAGAAGGAAACACAGGCUGCUAAUGAGAAAGAUCAUGCAAGAGCGGUAUCAAAACGAUGAGGUGUUUAGAGAGACGCAUAGAAUGAGAUGUGCCUUGAAGAUAAGAUGUAAAUAUCGUCAGAUUCACCGACAACCACAGCAACAAGACAACAGUUUGGUUGGACAGGCCAUAUCCAUUUUCAGAGCUCAGAUCAAGGCUGGACCAACAUCCGUAUGUACUGUGUGUCAUAAAGCUUCAUUUCCUAAUCAAGUCAAAGUUUGUACCAGAACAAAGUAUUUGAAAAAUCCCAACUUGGUGGCAGCUUGUCUCACUGGAAAGUUUGUUCAUCACUGUAAUGAGAGCUGCAGAAGUGAAGAACAGUGCAAAGUUCCUGAUGAAAGGAAGAAAGAGUGGAUCUGUCAUACCUGCCAUGAUCACCUGAGACGUGGAGCCAUGCCCUCCCUGGCUGUACACAAUAACCUGGAGCUUGUUGACAUCCCUUCAGAGCUGUCAGACUUGAACAUAUUAGAGAGACAUCUGAUCAGCAAGUGCAUCCCUUUUGCUAAGAUCAUUCCUCUUCCUAAAGGCAGACAGAGUGCAAUCCGUGGAAAUGUGGUGUGUGUCCCAUCUGAGAUCCAGGAAACAGUUGAAGCUUUGCCCAGACUGAGAAGUGAAUCCCAGAUAAUGAGAGUGAAACUGAAGAGACGCCUGUGUUACCGAGGACAUCAGCUCUUCCAGACUGUCACUUGGUCUAAACUGAUGCAGGCCCUGCAUAAACUCAAACAGAUUCACCCACAGUAUUCUGAAAUCACUAUCAGAGAAGAAGCUGAGCUGUGUGACCCCACCCUGCCUGAUGAGGAGGAUGAUGAUGAUGAGAUGGAGGAGUUUGAUGAAGCAGACUUGAUGGAGAUUGACAGGUUUGAGAAAGAUGCUCUGUGUGAAAAUGAGGCUGAGGAUGGAUUAGAUGUUCUGUCAUGUGAUGGUGAAGAACCAGAGAACAGACCUGAAGAACAGCAGGAAGGUGACAUGCCCAAUGGUGGCUUUGCUCUGGAAUCUUGUCUUCAACCUCCUAAUGUAGCAGAGGAAAUCAUGUCUUUCAGUGAUGGAAUCUACUCUGUUGCUCCUGCUGAGAGAAACAGUCCAGUCGGCUUUUUUAAGACCCCUAAACUUGAGGCCAUGGCUUUCCCUGUACAGUUUCCUACAGGUCAAAACACCCUGGAUGAGAGCAGACGUGUCAAACUGUCACCCAGCAGUUACUUCAAAUCCAGACUUUUCUCCAUUGAUGACAGAUUUGCCAGAGACUCUAAUUAUUUGUUCUUUGCACAGUUUGUGAUUGAGGUUCACCUGGCUACCAACAGCAUGACCAUCCAGUUGAGAAAAGGCAAACCCAUGACCAGAGACGGACGAAAAAUCACCUCAGGGAUGCUGCAAGACAGACGUGAAGUAGAGAAACUAGUGAGAAACCGCGAGGCUUUUCGCUUCAUGAGAGCAUUACGUGGUACUCCGGCCUACUGGCACCAGAAAACCAGUGAACUGUUUGCUAUGAUAAGACAGCUGGGCACUCCCACCUUCUUUUGCACGUUUUCAGCUGCUGAGAUGCGAUGGCCUGAAGUGAUUGAAGCAAUCAAGAGACAACAAGGUGAGGAGGUGAAUUUUGAAGAGCUGGACUGGUCAGAAAAAUGUGACAUCCUGAGAAGUAAUCCUGUGACAGCAAUGCGCAUGUUUGAUAAGCGAGUGGAGGCCUUAUUCAGAGAUUUGCUGCUUUCGCCUGCUCAGCCACUGGGUAAAGUUGUGGACUUCUUUUAUCGAGUGGAGUUUCAGCACAGAGGAAGUCCUCACAUUCACUGCCUGCUCUGGGUUGAAGGUGCCCCUGUGUUUGAAAAGGAUGAUGAUCAGACUGUGUGUGAUUUUGUGUCCAGAUACAUCACAGCUCAGCUCCCUGACCCUCACACUCAACCCGACCUGUACAAGAAAGUCAGUGAAGUCCAGAAACACAGUCGUACACACACCAAGACGUGUUUCAAAAGUGUUGGCUCUGGGUGCCGUUUUGGGUUUCCCAAACCUCCCUGCAGAAAUGUAAUGAUCACGAGACCUGAUGGUGGUAAAUAUACUGCAACUGCAAAGACUAAGCUGAGACCUCUGAACAGACUCCUGAAUGAACCUGAAGCAGCUUCCAUGAGUUUAGAUCAGCUUCUGGCUCAGUGUGAUUUAACCGUGGCUGAAUAUGAGUUCUACCUGAAUGAACUGAACAAAUCCAGUGCUGUCCUGUUGAAGCGAGAUCCAAAGGAUUGCUGGAUCAAUGCCUACAAUCCACACCUGCUCACAGCCUGGGAUGCUAACAUCGACGUGUCCUACAUCCUGAAUGCUUAUGGCUGUAUUCAUUAUCUGACCAAGUACAUCACCAAGAAGGAAGCUGGACUCUCAGAGUACCUGAAAACAGUGAUCAAUAACUCCAACACCAGCAACGUGAAUGACAGUGAGGAGAUGAAAGCAGUCAUGCAGGCCUACUCCAAGAAACGAGAAAUCAGUGCACAAGAAUGUGUUGCCAGAGCAUGUGGACUGAAGAUGAAGAAGUGUUCCCGAGCUGUAGUUUUCAUACCAACAGAUGAGAACCCACUGAGAAUGAGUCGCCCUCUGUCUUUCCUUGAGAACACCACUGAUGAAUGUACAAACAUCUGGAUGACGUCUUUGGCAGAUAAGUAUAAGAACAGACCAGAAACACCAGAGUUUGAGGAAAUGUGCAUGGCUGAUUUUGCUGCCACCUGCAGGUUUGUCCGUGAGAGCAAAGGAGCUGAUGUGUUUCCACUGCUGAAUGACAUGGGCUUUGUACAGAGGAGGAAGAACGAUAAGCCAGCUGUGAUCAGAUAUUACCGCUGCUCAGAGGAAAGAGAUUCUGAGAACUUCCAUGGCAGAUUACUGAAGCUGUACCUUCCACACAGAUCAGAUGAGGAACUGAAGAGACCAGGCUUUCCAACCUACCAGAGCUUUUACAGAGCCGGCUGGGUGCAGCUGCCAGGCUGGAACCACGGCCGGUCAGUGGAAGUGAUCGUCAAACAGAACAGAGAAAAAUAUGAGAAAAACAGUGAAGAGAUUGAGAAAGCUGUUGAAGAGUUUCAAGAGAAUCAAGGUGUGAUGGAUGAGUGGUGUAACCUUGCUCCUCAGUCUGAAGUUGUGAGACUGGACUACAAUGAUGAUGCAGAACAACCAGAUCCUGAUGAUCCUGAGCAGGAAAAUGUCCCUGAGUACAGCCGUCAAGCUGAUGCAGUCAGUGAAGCCAGAGUGACCAGAGAGCCUCCUGUGAUCGAUCCAGCUGUGUUAAGACACAUGUAUCAGAGUCUCAACCUAAAGCAGGCUAGUUUCUUUUACACUGUGAGAGAAUGGUGCAUUCGCAGAGUCUGUGGCCUUCGUCCAGAGCAGUUCUUCUAUUACAUUAAUGGAGGGGCUGGGACAGGGAAAUCCCAUCUCAUCAAAUGUAUUCACUCAGAAGCAUCGAAGAUCCUGAGAAAUGUUCCACGACAUUGUGACGAGGUUGACAUCAGUAAGCCUACUGUCCUGCUGACGGCUUUCACUGGAACAGCAGCGUUUAACAUUUCAGGUUCAACUCUCCAUUCACUGCUGAAGCUACCCAGAAGUCUCAAACCUCCAAUCCAAGGUCUUGGUAACAAGCUGGAUGAAGUCAGAGCAGAGCUCCUCAACGCUGAAAUCCUGAUCAUUGACGAGGUGUCCAUGGUUUCCAGGCCGUUGUUUGUCUACGUUGAUGCUCGACUAAAGCAGAUCAAAGGCAGUCAGAGACCUUUUGGAGGAGUUUCUGUCAUUGCUGUUGGAGAUUUUUAUCAACUUCCUCCAGUGAGGCAUUCCACUCCUCUGUGUGUGUUUGACCCCUCUGAAAUCGACUUGUGGCACGAGCAUUUCCAGAUGAUCACUCUGACUGAGAUCAUGCGGCAGAAAGAUGAUGUUGCCUUUGCAGAGAUGCUGAACAGGAUCCGAGUUAAAGACAAGUCUGCUGAGCUGUCUGAAGCUGACAGAGCUUUGAUUUAUCAGACUGUAACAGAACCAGCUCUUUGUCCAACUGAUGUCCUGCACAUCUAUGCUACUAACAAACAGGUGGAUGCACACAACUCUGCAAGGCUGGCUGAACUGUUUGACAACAUAAUCACCAUUGAUGCAGAUGACUUCGAGAAAGAUCCUCAGACUGGCAGAAUGACACGGAAACAAACACCAGUGAAAGGAGGCAGAAAUGAGCUACCAGACUCUCUACAGGUUGCUGAGGGCGUUCGAGUCAUGCUGACCAGAAACAUCGAUGUGCAAAGUGGUCUUGUCAAUGGAAGUUUUGGCACUCUGGUGCGGUGCAUCUCAGAAAAUGAUCAUGUCACUAAGCUGGGUCUCCGAAUGGACAGCCAUGUGUCUUCAGAGCAAAAUGAUGAUGUGGUUUAUAUUCAGAGAGAGGAAGACAACCUGAAGCAGAAAGGUGUGGUGCGCAGACAGUUCCCCAUCAAGCUGGCUUUUGCAUGUACCAUCCACAAGGUCCAGGGAAUGAGUAUGCAGUCUGCUGUGGUGUCACUGAAGAACAUCUUUGAACCUGGGAUGGCUUAUGUUGCUGUGAGCAGAGUCACUUCCCUCGGUGGACUCUACAUUGUAGACAUGGAUGAGAGUAAGUUCUACGCCAGUCAACGGAUCACUGCAGCCCUGGAGAGCAUGAGACAAGCCAGUCCAGCUGAGAUGAUGCCCCGUCUACAGAUGAGAGAAACCCUGAGCAGACCUGAUACUCUGACCAUCAUCCACCAUAACACUGAGGGAUUACCGGCUCACAUCAGUGACAUCAAGAGCCACCAUGAAAUGUGUUUGGCUGACAUCUUGUGUCUCACUGAAACCCAUUUGCAGGGCUCCUUUGUUGCAGACAGUCUUCAGUUACCAGGCUACAACCUGUUCAGACGUAACAGACACCUGUCCUACAGCAACUUCCCUCAGAUUGCCAGCAGAGGUGGUGGAGGAGUAGCCAUCUAUGUGAGAAACCACAUCCAAGCUCGAGAGAAGCAGUAUCUGCUGAAUGUCACUGAUCUUGAGUUUGUGGCCUUGAAGCUUGAUGCUCCAGUGAGUGCUAUCAUCGCAGCAGUGUACAGACCUCCUAACUAUGACGUGACUUCUUUCCUGGCUAAUCUCAGCAGCUUUCUGGACUCUCUGGAGAUACUCGACUGUCAGCCCAUCAUUGUCUGUGGAGACUUUAAUGAAAACCUUUCAUCUACAGCCAAGAAGCCCAUUCUAGAGCUGUUUCAGACCAGAGGUUACGCUCAACUCAUCACUGCUUCCACCACAGAGAAGAACACACUGCUGGACCUGAUUUUCAUUUCACAGCCCGACCACUGUGUCCAGUCUGGUGUCCUGAGAACAUAUCACAGCUACCAUAACCCUGUUUACUGCGUCCUGAAUUUCAGCAAAGUGUGAAGCAGAGAAAGACUUUGGAUGUCUUCAUUCCAUUCAGUGACCUGAUCAGUGUUGUAAUCAUGUGUCUUUGUCCAUUAAGACUGUAGGUGGCUGAUGAGGUAAGGCCUUUGUUAAUUAACAGAACUGAAUCAUGCCUAACCUUUUUAUUUUAUUGUUUCAAUGAUGUGUUUGACAGCAUAUGAAUGAGGUAUGUGAAAAACAUAUUUUGAAGUAAUCAUGCUUUUCCUGAAAUGAUUGUUGAAUUGAAUUCCUUCACUGUGAAUAACAUUUUUCUGAUGUUUCAGUUCUGUGUUUGACCGUUAAUGCAUUAGGGAAGGUGUGUGAAAAUCUUCAAAGGUAACAAUGUUUUUCUUGAGGUGAGUAUUGCAUUGAGAUCCCCACUUUCUAAUUGACAAUAUUUAAAUCUAGUGUUUAAUUUCUAAAACUCUGUUGGCCUGUGCAUUCAUCAUCUGGGUGGGUCUGGGUCAGGGUUGGUGAAUGCACAGGCCACAACACUCUUCUGGGUUAGAGCUUCAUUCAGUCACAUGCUCUGUGGUGUAACUAACACCUGCCCAGUAGUUUGAAUCCUUCUUCAGUCCCCUUUGAGGACUGGAGCAGGACUACCUCCAGACUGUCCACUGUGGGGUCCUCUGAGUCACCUGUCUGAGCCGUCUCCAAGAGUGCCUGUCAGAUUCACCUGUCAGGUCCUGCAGAGCAUCACUGUCUUUAGUCCCAGCAUGUCCAUCAGCCAUAAAGCAGUCAUCAGUGCUGGACAUGAGAGAGACGUGGACGUCCCUGGUACCAUCAGACAUUCUCCAGUGUGUGAGACGAGAUGGCGCCUGCCGGCCUUCAUUCUCCCUUGAGAGCAGAAGACGUCCUGCUGCUCUGAGGACACUGCUGGAUGUCCAGACCAGACAUCCUCCAGUCAGUCCCCAUGUGUCCUCUCAGAGCAGCUGCAGACACUCUGACUGAACCAAGAGGAACAAACUUCAGCUCCAGUCCUGACGUGGGCCUGCACUGCAGCGUCUCGAGCAGGAUGGUGUUUCCCUCUGCCCUCCACCUUCACCUCAGAGGAGCCUCCAUGCUGACGGCCUCACUGUGGAGCUGCUGCUGCUGCAAGUCUCUCCUCAUCAAAGUGACGGGACUCUGCAGCGCUGAUGAAGAGGAGGACUGAUUCCUGUUUCCUCCAUCAUGAACAACUCAACCACACAGCAGGGUUCCGUCUGGGUCUCCUGUUCUCUCUGCCUCUCCCACAACAUGGACAAGAGCUGUGAGAGCAGCAGCCGUCCAGCCAAGGACGGAACAAGCUUCAUCUGGAGGAAACAACUGGUCUGAGCUGCUGGACAUUUAGAACUCAGUCUGACUCUUGAAGGACUCAGAAGAGGACAGCUGUCCUGACUGAUCUGGGAGGCACGACGAGCCACUACUGCAUUUUCUUCUUUGUCCCUGAAGCCCAACCGGAAUAGCAGAAAGCCGCCACCUCUGAGCCUGGUUCUGCAAAGGUUUCUUCCUGUUAACAGGGAGUUUUUCCUUUCCACUGUCGCUGAUGCUUGCUCAUGUGGAUCUGUUGGGUUUCAGUUCUUUUUGCUGUCUCUUCAAACAAGACAAAUGGACACAAUUUUGUUGUUUUAUUCGUUGCAAUGUCAGACUGUGCGCUGGUUAACACAUUUAUUC